GGCAUAAAAAGGAUUAAGGCGGGAAACAGGCGCGGUUGGGCAGGGCGGGGCGGCGCUGGGAUCUCGCUCUUCUCCCGAGGGGAGCGCACAGGCCAGAAGCAUCGCCGCGCGGACUAAAGGAAGUUCCGAGCAGGGAGCGCAGCCGGGCGGUGGUUCCCAGCGAGAGGCCGCUGCCGCAGCACUAUGGAGGGCAGCCCGAUCCCGGUGCUCACCGUGCAGACGGUCCCGUACGAGGACCAGAAGCCGACGGGCGGCGGAGGGCUGAGGAGGCCCACCGCGGUCUUCGAGGGCCAGCGCAACUACCUGCCCAACUUCGUGCAGAGCGUGCUUUCGUCUGUCGACUUGCGCGACCGCCAGGGCUGCACCAUGGUGGUGGGCAGCGACGGCAGGUAUUUCAGCAAGACGGCCAUCGAGGUGGUGGUGCAGAUGGCGGCCGCUAACGGGAUUGGAAGAUUGGUUAUUGGGCAGAAUGGCAUUUUAUCUACUCCUGCUGUGUCAUGCAUUAUCAGAAAGGUCAAAGCUGCUGGUGGGAUUAUUCUCACAGCUAGUCACUGUCCUGGAGGACCUGGAGGACAAUUUGGAGUAAAGUUUAACGUUGCCAAUGGAGGUCCAGCUCCAGAUGUUAUUUCUGAUAAAAUUUACCAGAUCAGCAAAACCCUUGAAGAAUAUGCCAUUUGCCCUGAUUUGAGAAUUGAUUUAUCUCGUUUGGGAAGACAGGAGUUUGAUCUGGAGAACAAAUUCAAGCCUUUCCGGGUUGAGAUAGUAGACUCUGUGGAAGUUUACCUUAAUCUUCUGAGGACCAUCUUUGAUUUCAGUGCUAUUAGAGGCUUGCUAACAGGGCCAAAUCAACUUAAGAUCAGAAUUGAUGCAAUGAAUGGAGUGAUGGGCCCCUAUGUCCGGAGAAUCCUGUGUGAUGAAUUAGGAGCUCCUGCUAAUUCUGCAGUUGACUGUGUCCCUCUGGAAGAUUUUGGUGGUCAGUACCCUGAUCCGAACCUGACGUAUGCAACUUCUUUGCUGGAAGCAAUGAAAGGAGGAGAGUAUGGAUUUGGAGCGGCAUUUGAUGCUGAUGGAGACCGUUACAUGAUUCUAGGUCAAAAUGGAUUUUUUGUUAACCCUUCCGAUUCUCUGGCCAUUAUUGCAGCAAAUCUCCAUUGCAUUCCGUAUUUUCGUCAUAUGGCUGUGCGAGGGUUUGGUAGGAGUAUGCCCACCAGCACUGCAUUGGACAGGGUUGCAAAAUCAAUGAAAGUACCUGUAUAUGAAACACCAGCAGGAUGGAGGUUCUUCUCAAAUCUAAUGGAUUCUGGUCGAUGCUCCCUCUGUGGAGAAGAAAGUUUUGGCACUGGAUCUGACCACAUCCGAGAGAAAGAUGGACUUUGGGCUGUUUUAAUUUGGCUCUCAAUCAUGGCAGCUCGAAAGCAGGGUGUGGAGGAAAUUGUUAGAGAUCACUGGACAAAAUUUGGCCGUCACUACUACUGCAGAUUUGAUUAUGAAGCACUGGAUCCUAGAAUGGCAUAUUUCAUAAUGAGAGACCUGGAAGCCUUGAUCACUGACAAAUCUUUCACUAAUCAACAGUUUGCUGUUGGAAACAAUGUUUACACUGUGCAGAAAGGAACCAGCUUUGAAUAUGUGGAUCCCGUAGAUGGCACUGUGACCAAAAGACAGGGGCUGAGGAUUAUUUUCUCUGAUGCUUCCAGACUCAUCUUUAGAUUAAGUGCUUCAAGCCAGGUGCGAGCCACCCUUAGAAUCUAUGCGGAGAGCUAUGAAAAAGAUCCCAGCAAACAUGAGAAGGAACCACAGGCAGUACUGAGUCCACUCAUCGCAAUUGCACUGAAAAUAUCUCAGAUUCAUGAGAGGACAGGACGUAAGGGUCCUACGGUCAUCACCUGAAUGAGAAGAAUUGCUGACUCAGGGCCAAACUUGUGGACAAGGAAGAAUGAAGACAUUGCUCAAACACACCAGUUCUUUGUGCCUUAUAUUAGUCUAAGGGCUUGAGGGCAGUUGUAGGGAGAUGGGUGGACAAAAUUCAUUUUGAGUUUCACUAUUAAGAAAAAUGUGCGCUUGUCUAUUAUAGCUUUAGCGUCUUCUUGUGAUGCAAAUAAUCAAAAAUAGGGCUCUCUAAAUACCAAGAUGUGUUUAUAAGAGAUAAUAGAAAAAGUUCCUGUGUUUUGCAUUUGCAAGGCAAAAAUAGUCUACAUGUUUCCUUGGCUAUUGCUGGCUGCAAAGCAUAGAUUUUUGGUAAUAAUAUUUUAAAACACUCCCAUAAUUUAAAAAGAAAGCACUGUUAUGGUAGUCAAGGAAAAUUUUAAAAGGUCAAAACCAAAAGAUUAUUCUUAGGUCACCUUGUUUUCUAAACCCACUUGGGGGUUAUGAUGGACUGAUUUUGAAUUAAAAUAUAACAGGACUCUUACUUUAGGUGGUUGAAGUCCCAGGAGGGCAGAAUGACCUAGAACAUCGGCAACUUUUUCCUUUCUUUGGUACACCAAAGUAUUUGAGUGAUACAGUGAACCACAAACUAGCCAACCACUCUUUAGCUUAGUGGUUUGUGACCCUGGUCUAUGUGGUUAAUUUAUGGUUCAGUGAUUUGUGCAAAUUUGGAAAAUGUGGAUAAUUAAGUAAACUAAUGUUUGAGUUAAUCACAAGUAAGCAUGUUGUGUGAACAUAGCCACUGAUUCCAAGAAGUGCAGCUCAUGAGCAGAAUCUGCAGGUGGGGCUAUUCUAAGCCCUACUAAUUACAAAUAUGUAGCUCAGCCUGAUAUUCUGCAGGUUUAUUUGGAAAUAAAUCCCACUGAGUGCCAUAGAAUAUAAGCCCCCAUAAAUAUGAAUAUGAAUAAUUCUGCAGCUUUAUCCUGAGAUUUUAGUUAGCUGAUUAUCUUUUCCAAAGCAUACUGGCAACUGCCACUCCUAAUUUCUCAGCUCAAGUUUUAAGAAUAACGAGUACAGUUUUGUGCACCAGCUGCUACAUUUAUACACACUUUAUGUAACUAAAUCUUAUGAAUUUAGAAGGGAAAAUUACCUUGCAGCAAUCUGUUUGGCAAACAGUUUUCAUGUUUUGUUCGUGUCUGCUGUUACUCAUAAAUACCAUCACCAGCAUAAAUGGUUUACGCAUGAGGUCUCUCUGCUUAUAAUUUAAAAAUGUGACUGCUUUUUCUCACUUAUUUCCUAAACCACCUUCUGUUCAGAUUUGGCUCUAUGCAAGCUCAGUGUAAGGAAAAUACCUUUUACUAUUAGUAAGCAAUUGAUGAAGGUUUCUACUUCGGAUUUAGCUACUAGAGGUAUUUUGACAAUGAUCCCUGCCCUUUUGUUAUCAGUUUCUGUUUUUAGAAGGAAAGCUUUAGCCUAUUUCCCUCAUGCUCAUGCUCUCUCGUGCACGCUCGCUAUCCCUCUCUCUCUCACAUACAAAUAUUUUUAAUUACUAUUCAAAAUCAUUAAAAAUUAGCUUUCAAGAUAUAUUUAUGUUCCACUUUUUAGAAGGGCUAAUUAUCACAGCAGAGUUCCAACUUUUAUGCGGGAAGGAUCACCUGAUUCUUUUAAAAAACCAAACAUAUGAACACCAUUCAAAAGAGACAAUAAAAAAGCUAAGAAGGAAACAGAAAGACCAGAACACAUCCCUUCCAGCCCUCAGAUAAACAGGGAUUAACACCAGGCAGGCAAACAAGCAGAAAACAAUAUCCUAAUCAAGGAAGUACCAAGGAGAAAAGAACACCUCCACCAACACUGGCAGGGCAAGUUACUGUAUAUAAACAGAAAGCAAACCCCACACUCCCUGGCACUGAUGAGGUUACCUAGUUGGGUAAUGAAACGUCUGCAAGCAAACAGCCAAGCUCAGAGAGCACCAAGGACUCCACAAAUGUGUGAAUUUAGAUAACGUGGUGGAAAUAGCUCUUUGUGGUGUGUUCCAUUAUCAUGCACUAAUUUAUAACCAUAAUUCAGAAACUAGAUUGGAAGUGCUGUUUGGUUAAUGCAAGCAUGUGAUAAUUGAAUAUCACAUUUAGUCACAUAUCUGGCAUAAUCUGGCUUUUUUAGAAUUGUAUGUCCUUAUAGUUGGAAAUACACAGUGGAGGUUAAUGCUUUCAGAUGGGAAUAUGACUCGACAAACUAGAGUUCUGCUACUGAAUCCAUCCUGCAUAACAUCAGCAUCAUACUUAAUUUUUAUGGUAUGUUGGAAGUGUAAGAUUCUUGCUUCUAUAUACUCAUCACCAUCUCUGAAACAUCAGAAACAAUUUUUAAAGAACAACCACUCCUCUACAGCAGAUUAUUUCCCCAUCUUGACAAAUGGAAUUUUGGAUCUUCUCAAGAGGAUGGUUCUUCAAGAACCAUACGGCAGCCAUAUAUGCUCCUGAGCCUUUUUCUGGUAUAUUUAUAAAGCAGCAGAAAAUCCGUUUUUUGUCUCAAAUGGUAGAGGAGGGCUAGAAAAGGAAAGCAGGAAGACUGUGGAAACAGCUGGCAUUAGAGUUAAAAUAUAUUGUCCUUGUCAAUUUUGGAUAACUGGACAAAGGAAUUACAAUUGUUUUCCAGGUAAUUUCUUCUAAGCAAGUGCCAUGUAUCCUGCAAUAGAUGGGCAUGAGAGAGUGAGUUUUUUCAACAGAGUAGAGCUGAAGAGGGAGAUUCUCCCAACGAAAACAUCUAGAUUGCUAGUGGAACUAUAAUAGAAGUUUUAGAAGUACUUCUCUAGUUCACUUAACUCUCUAAAAGCUUACCCAGUGUUUUACUAGAAAGUCAUAGGAUAAGUCAUCAGGAAAUAAUAUGGCAGAGGAAAGAGGCUUGCUCAGCGAAUGCUCGGAUAUGAAAAAUGGUUCUUGAGCUUGUAAAAUAAGAACACAGCUCCAUCCAUAGCACAAAAAGUUGACAUAAAAACUUCUACAGGUAACUAAUUUGAAAAUUUUUCUUCUUGGGAAGCAGAGGUGUAACUGCCAGUUGUUACUAUGGCUUUUGUGCAAUCUGAAAUUUUUAUAGCCUAGUAAUAUUGCAAUGGCCAAACAAUCCUUUCUAGUGCAAUCUUGAAUGCUGCUGUGCUUUAGGUAAUUGGGUACUUUUGAUAUUUGUCAAAACUUAGUAUGACAUUUAAUAAAUUGCAGUGUCCUAUCUCUGCCUUGCAUGAAAUUGCUGAUGGGACACAGCUUGCUCUAAUACAAGUUUUUUUAAGCUGUGUCUAGGUAAAUGAGUCACUGAUUAUCUCUGCACAGUGUUUUAUUGCAGUAUUAUUAAACUGAUCUUUUGUAAGUCAAA